AUGCCCAGCCAGCAGAAGAAGGUCAUUUUCUGCACGGCCGGGGUGCUGAGCUUCGCGUGCGCCCUCGGUGUGGUGGCGGCGCUGGGGACCCCGCUUUGGGUUCGAGCCACCUUCCUCUGCCAGACCGCGGCUUUGCUGGUCAACGCCUCAGGCCCGGAGCUGGACAAGUUCGUGGGCGAGCUGCAGUACGGCCUCUUCCACGGGCAGGGCGUCCGGCAGUGUGGCCUGGGCGCCAGGCCCUUCCGCUUCUCGGUCUUCCCAGAUCUGCUCAAGGCCAUUCCGGUGAGUGUCCACGUCAAUGUCAUCCUCUUCUCGCUGGCCCUCAUCGUCCUGACCAUGGUGGGCACGGCCUUCUUCAUGUACAACGCUUUCGGCAAGCCCUUCGAGACGCUGCAUGGGCCCCUCGGCUUGUACCUUCUGAGCUUCAUUUCAGCUUCCUGCGGCAGCCUUGUCAUGAUACUGUUUGCCUCGGAGGUGAAGAUCCAUCACCUGUCGGAGAAGAUCACCAACUACAAGGAAGGGACUUAUGCCUACCGGACUCAGAGCGAGAGCUACGCCACCUCCUUCUGGGUCGUUUUCAUCUGCUUCUUCGUUCACAUUCUCAACGGGCUCCUGAUUCGACUGGCCGGGUUUCAGUUCCCUUUCACAAAAUCCAAGGAUGCGGAGACGCCUAACGUGGCCGCGGACCUCAUGUACUGA